AUGUCGUCAAUAAGUUAUAACAAUCAAAUUCCAUUACAACAAGCUACCACAACACCACCACCACCACCACCACAAAGAUAUAUGAAUCAAGGUCGUUGUCGUGGUGGUGUUUUUGGGGGCAAUAAUUUUAAUCGUGGGGGCAAUAAUUUUAAUCGUGGGGGCAAUAAUUUUAAUCAUGGGGGCAAUAAUUUUAAUAAUUUUAGUAAUUUUAAUUAUAGAAUUAACCAAUUCAGUUAUGGAAACAAUCAAUAUAAUUAUCGCAAUUAUCGAAAUUAUUCAAAUAGGCGUAACCAAAAUACAAAUAGAGGUUUUUAUCCUCGAAUUUUUUAUCGUCGAAAUAAUUAUCAACCACAACAAUAUUAUAAUGACUAUGGUAUUAUUAAUCAACCAGUAGUUCCACAAGGAAGUUUUUAUCGAAGAAUACCAAGAAGAUUAAGUCAAAAUCGACCAAGAAGUCGUUCUAAUCAACAGCGAAGUCGAUCGAUACAACAGCGUAGACGUGGUCCAAGGCAAUUAAGAUUAAAUGAUUUUAUGCCACCACAGUUACGUGAUCCUUCACCAGAUACUCGAAAUCUUCCUUCAGAUUUUAAUUUAGCUACAGCUACAACUACAAAUGAUAUUCCUGUUGAUGCAUUACCACAAUGUGAAGUUUUUAGAAAUAAUACUACACAACCAUUUGUAGUUAAUCAAAAUGAACAAGAGAAUCAGCAACAAAAUCGACGACAACAAUAUACAAGUGCACCAUUUAGACGUCGUCAACGUCGAAAUCGACAACAACAAUAUCGUCAAAAUGAAUUUGUUAAUAAUAAUCGAUUCGCUAUAUUUGCUGAUGGAAACAAUAAUGAUCCAAUUGAAAUUGAUUUAAUUGAUGAAGAACCAAUAAAUAUUAAGAAAAAUAAAAAUUCGAAAAAGACCCGACUAUAUCUCGAACCAAAUCGAAUGUUACGAUGGUUUGAAGAUAAAUUUAAAAAAAACCCUUUAAAUAGUCGUGGUAACCAAGCAUAUUUAUUAGCUGCAGCUCCAGUUUAUGAUGAAUGGAUCAGAAAUAAUUAUGAAUUACAAAUUUGGCAAACAUAUUUAAAGAUGGGCACAGAACAAAAACAUUGGGCUAAAGAAAUCGUUCAACGUACAAAAAAGCGUGAUAAUAUAACAAAUACUCGUUUUGUACAAAAGAAAAUUAAUCGAUUAACUGAAAUUAACAUUGAGAAGUUAACUAAAACAAUAGCUGAAAAUGUAGGAAAUAUUGUAUAUGAAAAAAUAAAUAAUAAAAAAUCAACUACAACAACAGCUGCACCAGCAACAAGUCCUACAACAACACCAACAUCAACUGCAGCUACGGCAACAAAUACUCUUAAAAAUCAAGUUCGUGAGCCUAUAGAACAAUUAGAAAAAUAUAUAUUAAAAUACAUUUAUACAUAUACACAACAUGUCAAGAAAAUGGCCGAAAAUAAAAUUCAAUUAGCCAAAGCUCAAUUAGAUGAAUUUAAAGCUUUAGAAGAAUUUGAACAAAUAGCUACUCCAUCUCAAUGGAAUAUUCAUUUAGCUUUAAAACCUAGAAUAAAACUUUGGUCAACUAAAAAUAAAAAUUAUUUGGCUGCUCUUAAACGUGUUGAAUAUGAUAUGCCUCCAAAAUUUAUUGAGAAAGUUGAUUUAUCAUUUAAAAUUGAUGAAUCUAUUAUCAAUCAAGAUGAAGCUCAAGCUACAUAUAAUCAAAUGCGUAGAGAAAAUGAAUUAUUAUUAAAUGAAAUUAAACGUAUUAUUGAAGGCUUUCCUCAAGAAAAUGAUGAGGGUUUUGAUGCUGAACCUGGACAUGCAGCAUUUAAACAUUAUCAUAAUUUACGAGAAAAAAGAUUAAAUUUAGAAGCUGAACAAUCGAUUCAUUUUUUAUCCGAAGAGCGAGUCGAGGGCGAUACAAACGAUCCGGACGAACAUGAAUUACUAAAAUUAGGUCCUCGGUUUAUUUAUAAUGAUCCAAAAACGACAUCUCGACGACGUACAAUUGAAUUAGCUACUCUUAAACGAAAAAUUGAAGCUCGUUUCUUUGAAAAGAAAGUUAGCCCCGGUCGUCCAGUCGAACAAUUUAUUUCCGAAUUAAAUGUUCUGCUUCAAAAAUUACAUAAUAGUUCAACAAAUUAUCAAAAGCAAAAAGAUAUAGUAAAUCAAAAUAAUACUUAUAAUAGUUUAAUAUCUGCUAUAGAAGCAAGUCAAUCUCAAAAUAUCAAUUCUCGUAUAAUUAUUAAAAAGAAGAAAAAUUAUGGACGAUUAAUUAAACGUUUAAAAUAUAAACUUUAUUUAAAGAAUAUUAUUCUUCAAAAAUCAGAUAAAAACAAAGUAUUCCACUUAGGUAAACUUGACGAUUAUCGUAAAAAAUCAGAAGAAUAUAUGGAGAAAACAAAAGCCUACAAAUGUUUAGGCACUGAAGAUCCAUUUCCUGAUCUGAUUUGGCGUACUAAUAAAUACUUAUUAGAUUUAAGAUUAGCCAAGUGGAUUACUCAAAAACAAUAUGAAAAAUUAUUUAUUAAUCCAAAUGAAGUUGAACUCGCUCAUUUAUAUUAUUUACCUAAGGCACAUAAGCCUGGUACUCCUCUUCGUCCAAUUAUAUCUGGUCUUAAACAUCCUACAAUUAAAAUAUCAAAAUUUCUUGAUGAAUUACUUCGACCUUUAUUUGAUCAAAUGGCUGCAAAAACAACUAUAAAUUCUGGUCUUGAAUUAGUUAAACAGUUGCAAAAAUGGUCAAGUAUCAAUAUAUGUCAAGAAACCUUAUUUUGUACAGUUGAUGUUGCAGACCUUUAUACAAUGGUACCUCAAACUGAAGGAGUACUUUCAUUAAAGAAAAUGUUAGACCAUUUAAAAUUAAAACAAGUUGGUGGUCUUAAAAUUGAAACAAUUAUUAGAUUAAGUCGAUUUGUUAUACAAAAUAAUUAUUUUUCUUUUAAUGGUCAAUUCUAUCAUCAAGUUCGUGGAGGAGCAAUGGGUUCUCCUCUUACUUUAACUGUAGCUAAUUGUUAUAUGUUCUUUUAUGAAAGGCAGAUAGUUAAACAAAUUAGCAAUAGUAGCGGUUUAUAUUUUCGAUAUAUUGAUGAUAUAUUCUUAGCAAUAAAUUGGCCUGCUCGACAUUUAUUUAAGCAAAUUGACAGAUGGAAUCAUUUUGAUGAAAAUAUCAAAUUAUCAGAAAAUAUAGGUUCAACAGCUGAUUUUCUUGAUUUACAUAUAGAAAAUCAGGAUGGUCAAUUAUUUACUACAAUUUUUCAGAAACCAUCUUAUGAACCAUAUUAUUUACCGUUCCAUAGCAUUCAUCCUCUACACAUGAAAAAGAAUAUAAUAUUUACUAUGCUACUUCGUACUAUUAGGUACUGUUCAACAUUUCAACAUUAUUUGAAUGAACGGGAAAGAUUAAGAAUAGCACUUUUAUUAAAUAAAUAUCCAAAUAAAUUUAUAGAUGAACAAUUUAAUAUUACAUUGUCAAAAUUAGAUAUUAUUCAACCAUUAACUUAUAAUAAUUAUACCAAUUAUCGUCAAAAAGUUAUAGAUUCCCCAAUAAAAGAAAAAGUAACAGUUGAUCAUUGUAAAACAAUAUUCGUACACUUUACAUAUUGUUCAAAUAUGAAAAUAUUCCCAAGAAAAUUUCAUACUCUUUGGAAUAAAUAUUUUGGCGAAUCUCCAAUCAAUGAAGUUAAACCGAUUCUUGGCACACGUAAUGUUAAUAAUUUACAAAGACGACUUGUCCAUACUAGAUCUAUAGUACCUUAA